AUGAUCGAAAGUCCAACAGCAGCGGCCGACGCCCGCGCCGAGCGCCGCACCAAGUACCACGAGGCCGAUGUAGUUGUCGUCGGCGCCGGCGUCUUUGGGUGCGCCAUUGCAUAUGCACUGGGCCAGCAGGGAAGAAGUGUACUCCUACUCGAGAGAUGGAUGAAGGAGCCCGAUCGCAUUGUCGGCGAGCUGCUGCAGCCCGGCGGCAUCGUCGCCCUGCGUCAGCUAGGCCUGGCCGACUGCCUCGAGGGCAUUGACGCAAUUCCCUGCUACGGCUACAAAGUCAGCUUUCACGGAGACGGAAUCGACAUCCCCUACCCUUCCUUUGACGAGAGUGGUCGCAUGAUCCAUGCCUCGGAGAGCGAGGCCGUAUCCGCAAGCGCGAAGCAGAAGGAGGGCAGAUGCUUCCACCACGGUCGCUUCAUCAACAACCUGCGCAAGGCAUGCAUGAGACAGGAGAACAUUACCGUUGUCGAGACCGAGGUGACGGCCACGAUACAAGGCGACGAUAAGGAUACGGUGCUUGGUGUAAGGUCCAAGACGACAGACGCCACGGGCCAGAAGAAAGACGACUACUUCUUUGGCCAGCUGACCAUCAUCGCCGAUGGUUACGCCUCCAAGUUCCGCAAGGAGUACCUGCCGCAAGAACCCGUCGUCAAGUCAAAGUUCUACGCCCUCGAGCUCAUCGACGCCCCCAUGCUCUCUCCCGGCUACGGCCACGUCUGCAUCGGCAACGCCUUCCCCGUCCUCCUGUACCAGAUUGGCACCCACGAGACCCGCGCGCUCAUCGACGUACCCGCCAACAUUCCCGAGGCCUCGCCCGCUGCUGGCGGUGUCCGUGGCUACAUCAAGAACGUCGUCAUGCCCACAUUGCCUCCCCAGAUGCGCCCAUGCUUUGAGGCUGCUCUCGCCGACGGCAAGAUCCCCCGAUCCAUGCCAAACUCCUACCUUCCUCCAUCCCGCCAGACGGCGAACGGCAUGCUCCUCCUCGGAGACGCCCUCAACAUGCGUCACCCCCUCACUGGCGGUGGCAUGACCGUCGCCUUCAACGACUGCGUCAUUCUCUCCGACCUGCUCCAUCCCUCGCGCGUAAGCGACCUUGCCGACCCCGUGGCUUUGAAGGGAGUCCUGCGCGAGUUCCACUGGCGCCGUAAGAGCCUCACAUCCAUCAUCAACGUGUUGGCCAUGGCACUGUACGCCCUGUUUGCCGCAAACGACCGCCAGCUGCGCGCUCUGCAGAUGGGAUGCUUCUCUUACUUCCAGCGCGGCCACGCCUCUGAGCCCAUGGCCCUCAUGGGCGGCCUCAUGCACCAGCCUGGCAAGCUCGCGUACCACUUCUUCAGCGUCGCCUUCCUAGCCAUCUGGCUCAACGCUCUCAACCUCAUGAGCGGUAGCAUUUUCGGUUUCUUGAAGGCGCCGCUGGCGCUCAUUGACGGCAUCCUCAUUCUCUGGAGAGCGAGUGUCGUCUUCUUGCCCGUCAUGUGGCGUGAGCUGAACUGA